AUGGUAAAGAAGAGCACUCAGCUUCAAGAUGUGGUUCCAUUCUUCCUGCUGUCUCUCAACUUCUGCAUGGGCCCGGAGCAAAGCCCGGACCGAGAUGCAAAGGUGCUACUCAAGUCCAAGAUGCGGCAGCGUCGGCAACAGGCAUCCCUCGAUAUGGUGGAUCCGCGCUCGGGGCGACCGCCUUCAGGGCGUACUCUGGCCGACAAGUCUGCCUCAAGAGGUGUCACGUGGGUCUGGAGCCUGGCGCUGUUGUGCCGGUCUGGACUUCCGGCCUCGCCCCAGUCGCCACCAAAGAAAGGUAAGAGGGAAAAGAAGGAGAUUCAUGAGAAGAGCAAGAAGAAGGUGCAGGUGGAAGAGCUCAGCAAGAAGGCCGAUAAGGCAGAGGCGAUCAAGGAGGUCCCAGAAGCAAAGCCCCGGAAGAAGGGGCUCUUCAAAGAGAAGCCCAAGAAAAUCGAGGAAUCGAAGAAGGACGCAGACGAUUGGGAGCUGCUGGACGACGAAGAGCUGCUCCGCCGAGAGCAGUCGCGGCCGUCGGACGCCAAGAAGGCUCCCAAAGAGGCGCCAAAGAAGAAGGAGCCAAAGCCGCAGUCACCGAAGCAGAAGGAAGCCAAGGAUAACAAGGAAAAGCGCAAGAAGUGGGCCCGGCUCGUGUUCGCCCAAUUGACUUGA